CUCAUCCCGGAUCAAUUCAUACUGUUGUACCUAGGCAAAGUGCACUCCAACAGUCUGUCAGACACCGAUCCACAUAGCGAUUACGACCUUAGCUUGGACCGCGAAAUCGGGUUGAGUGUGGACGCUGCAGAGGAGGGCAAUGAAAGUCGUUGUGCAAACGACUAUAGAGGCGUUGCUGAAAGGCCGAAUGCUGAAUUUCGAGAUUGCUACAUUCAGGUUCCAUCCACCAAAAGAGCCGAUGGUGUCCGAUGGGAGAGGCGCGUAGGCAUUUUCGUCCUUUCUGCCGGCAAGGCUGGCAAGCGGAAGGCCGGUAUCAAAGCUGGCGAAGAGAUAUUGCUCAGCUAUGGAAAAGGG